AUGGAUUACAACCUCUCGGCGGAGGAGAUAGAGGCCUUCCACUCGAUACACGAACGGCUAUUGUCAUACAUGGUGGAAAAAGAUGCUUAUGAUCGCAUCGCAACCUUAGAGGUCGUUAAUGAAGAACUUUCUGACCCGGAGUGCGAAGAUGAAGUCAGCAUUCAACUUGCCCCGGCAGCGCUGGACGAUACACCUCCUAAAGUUAGAGACCAUACUGAGAGGGUUAAUCUGGGAACAGUGAGCGAGCCUAUGGAGAACGCUAGUGCGACGAAUCAGAGAGCCAUGAACUUGAUAUUCCAUGACAUACUGGGAAAGGUUUUAGAGGUGUACAUCGAUGACGUGGUGGUCAAGUCUCAGAAAAAGGGGGACCACAUCGCGGAUCUCAAGAAAGUAUUUGAGCGCAUGCGAUGCCAUAGACUCAAGAUGAACCAGGCCAAAUGCGUGUUUGGGGUCCAGGCAAGAGACUUCCUGGGGUUCAUAGUUCAUCAGCGAGGAAUUGAGGUCCCCGAAGACAAGGCGAGCGCAGUCAUUAACGCAUCUCCCCCGCGAACGAAGAAGGACUUACAGCGUUUGUUGGGUAAAAUCCAACCUUUCUCGCCGUUGCUGAGGUUACAAGGGCAGAAUGAGUUUGUGUGGGAGCCUAAACAUCAUGAGGCUUUCGACAGUAUCAAGGCCUACUUGGCAAGCUCGCCAGUCCUGGUUCCACCCAGAGCUGGGAUCCCAUUAAAGCUAUACAUUUCAGCAGCUGAGGCCUCCAUUGGCAGCUUGCUCGCUCAGGAUGAUGAGGGAGGUAUCAAGCAUGCUAUAUUUUACCUCAGCCGGACAUUGACAGAUUGUGAGACGAGGUACACCCCGAUGGAGAAGCUGUGCCUAACUCUGUAUUUUUCAGCGUGCAAGUUGCGGCACUACAUGUUAUCCUUUACUACCUGCAUCAUCGCUCAAACUGAUUUGGUCAAAUACAUGUUGUCACGGCCUAUCUUGAGAGGUCGCAUUGGCAAAUGGGUAUUGGCUCUCUCAGAAUUUUCGCUCCAAUAUGUACCUCAGAAAGCUGUCAAGGGGCAGGCCAUCGCGGAUUUUCUCGCACAUCAUCCUACGUUAGAGAUACCCGCACUAAAGGAAUUAGAGAUAGCGUCCACCACUACGACUCGACCAGAUUUGGCGCGCAUCCCUGAGUAUGCUGUUUGGUACCAAGCCACAGUCUCAUUGCAACCUUGGGUAUUGUUCUUUGAUGGCUUAAGAACUGACACACUGGGUGGUGCAGGGAUUGUUUUGGAAAACCCAACCGGUGACCAUUUCUCUUAUUCUUUCCAACUAGAGUUCCAAUGUACUAAUAAUCAGGCCGAAUAUGAGGCUCUUAUUAUCAGACUCGAGGUCUUAUUGGAAAUGGGCGUAAAGGACGUUCAGAUUCGCGGUGAUUCUCAGCUCGUUAUAAACCAACUCCAGGAAAAGUAUCGAUGUGCAAGUUGGUUGCUUGUACCAUAUCUGAAUAGCGCCAUCGAGCUUCUGGACCAAUUUGAUGACAUCGAUCUGGAGCAUAUACCCCGCGAGCGCAACUUUGCAGCUAAUGAGCUCGCUCAGCUUGCCACAGGCAUCACAUUGAAGUAUGGAGUGCGCGAAAGCAUUUUGAAAGUUGAGCGUCGUACAUUACCUUCAUGGCUUGCACGGCCUGAUCCACCAGAUGAUCCCGUGGUCGCGGUGCUAGAACCUAUCGAUGUGGAUUGGCGAAUCCCGCUGAUUGAGUACCUCAAACAACCAGACUCAAGAGCUGACAGGAAGAUUCAUUUUCUCGUGCUAAAUUACUUCCUUAGAGGUGAUGAGUUGCGGCGACGUGGGGAGGAUGGUAUAGACUUUCGGUGUGUCUAUGGCCGCGAAGCUAAACGAUUAAUGCGCGAAGUACACACUGGGAUAUGUGGGGCUCAUCAAGCGGGACCUAAGAUGCGCUGGCUUUGA